AUGACUGGCUGUGUGAAUCAUAAUAAAGAUCGGCAGAAUUCAGCUUUUACAAGUUUACCUGUUCGAGAAGAAAUGAUGGCAAAGUACUCAAACCUUUCCUCGGAGAGCUAUAAUAUCUCAGUGACAGGUAAAGACCAGAUCAGUAGAAGAAAACAUAACUUGGAAAGGCCUUCUUACUUGGAAGUCAAAUGCACGUUCACGGCCACUGGGGAUUUGAACUCAGUGAAUGUGACUUGGAAGAAGGAUGACGAGCUCCUUGAGGCCACUGAUGGCUUCAAUACAACUAAAAUGGGGAACACCAUAUCCAGUCAGUACAGGUUUGUUCAUCGUUUUAAUAGCAAACAAAUGGGAAAAUAUUCUUGUGUCUUUCGAGAAGAGUUCAGAGGAACCUUUACUAUCAGAGUCCCCAAAGUUCAUGGAAAAAACAAGCCAUUGAUCACUUAUGUGGGAGAUUCUACCGUGCUGAAGUGUGAAUGUCAAAAUGGUCUUCCUUUAAAUUGGACUUGGUACAAGAGUAAUGGAACUGCACAGGUAAGAUUGUUCCCAUUGAUUGUUCACGCGAAGGAUAAGUAUGUUAUAAAUAGUUCCUAUGCUAAUGAAACCAAGCUCAAGAUAAAGCAUCUUUUGGAGGAAGAUGGAGGAUCCUACUCGUGUCGUGCAGCCUUCCAGUUAGGGGAGAGUGAGGAACACGUUGAGCUGGUUGUGCUGAGCUUCAUGGUGCCCCUCAAGCCAUUUCUCGUAAUUGCUGAAGUCAUCCUCUUAGUGGCCAUCAUUCUGCUUUGCGAAGUCUACACACAGAAAAAGAAUGACCCAGAUGAUGGGAAAGAAUUUGAACAAAUUGAACAGCUGAAAUCAGAUGAUAGCAACGGCAUACAUAGGAAAACAAUGUCCCCGGUACAGAAAAACUCAGGACUCGGCGGAUCAAUGAAUACAGAAAGAACAUUUUGCCUUGGGAAGAUGUACCAGCGUUGGAGUUUGUAUUUCAGGCGUCCUUUAAAGAACGCCUGAAUUUGAGAUGUUAAAAGACAGAGAUGCUCUCAAAGUUCGCAGGGAGUAGCUUGAUAAACGAAAUAGUCCAUCUUCUAACAAGAUGUAUUUUCAUUUUGUAAUUGUUUUCAUUAAAAGCAAGUAAAGUGAUUCAGCUGGUCUGUGAGCUGUAACCUAGAUAAUAACUUUACCCUCUUUGGGAGAUCAGGGGUACAGGGCAGACACCAGCCAAGUCAGUUAAUAAUUCCACCAUAAAUAUCGCUGAAAGAUCGUUUAUUACCAAGAAUUAUUAAAGGAUAAAGCGUUUGCCAGUUGUUGUAAAAGUGUUUGCCUCAGACAGACAUAUCACCUAUGGAAGUAUUUACAACAGAUUCAUGUGGAGUAUUCUGUGUUGAGUGUGUUUUCCUAGUAAAUGGAAACUAUGCGUUCCGUAUGGGUCACUACACUGUAGUCUCCACACUAAGAUAUACUUGUGGUCCAUAAAUAAUGUGUGAAGUAAGGAAGUUCAAUCAAAUGCUUGUGUGCCAUGGUCAGUACAAUACCAGAGCUUCUCAUCUUCAUUGCACACAUUUCCACUUUUUCUACCCCAAGCCAACGUGUUCUCAGCCUUAAGUCAGACAUUUUCCUUGUCUUCACCAUGGGGUUUGGACAUCAUUAGUCUUCUUGAUGUUGAUGUUUGCAGAAUGCAGAUCCGUGUGGUCGCAGUAAAUACUGCAUGCCCUUGUGGCUCGUGGUUUCUGCCAUACCAUCACUGGCUAAGUGUGUAUAAAGAUGCAUUAUUAGUGUUUUCCAAUAAUAAUUCCUUGGCUGAUAUACAGGAGCGCUAGUGUAGAAUUUUUAGGUUGCUGCAAAUGCCAGACUUAACUUCGAAAACGUAUCUGAGAUACUUUAUGAACUCAGUGGAACCAAAUCAGUUCAGUUUGUAAUGGACAUGAUUAAUUGUCAAACAGCUUUAAAUGAAAUUAAAAUGUAGUGCCUUG